AUGAAAAUAGCUAUAGAAGGAUGUGCUCAUGGAGAUUUAGAAAAUAUCUACGACACCAUUUACGCUUUGGAGCAGAAAAAUGGUUUCAAAGUGGAUUUGCUGAUUUGUUGUGGUGAUUUCCAAUCCACUAGAAAUCAAAGUGAUUUAAUGUGUAUGGCUGUUCCUCCCAAAUAUCGACAUAUCUGCACUUUCUACAAAUAUUACUCGGGCGAAAAAACUGCUCCGGUUCUGACAAUAUUCAUCGGGGGUAACCACGAAGCAUCAAAUUAUCUUCAGGAACUACCGUAUGGCGGUUGGGUAGCCCCAAAUAUUUAUUACUUAGGUUAUGCUGGUGUAAUUAAUGUUGCUGGUAUACGAAUAGGGGGCAUUUCGGGAAUAUUCAAAGGCAAUGAUUACUUAAGAGGCCAUUAUGAAAUACCACCUUAUACAGAACAAUCUAAACGAACUGUAUACCAUGUUAGAAAUUUGGAGAUUUUCAGAAUAAAACAAAUCUCCGGUAAAAUGGAUAUAUUUUUGUCGCACGAUUGGCCUUCGGAUGUUGUUAAAUUCGGAAACGUCGAGCAGUUGUUGAAAAGGAAACCUUUAUUUAGGGAAGAUAUUGACAGAGGUGAACUGGGAAGCAAAAUGUACAAUGAUAUUCUUUACCAGUUAAAACCGAAAUAUUGGUUUUCGGCCCAUUUACACUGCAAAUUUCCUGCGCUAAUCAAACACCUUGACGAUUCCAUCACGAAAUUUCUAGCCUUAGAUAAAUGCCUUCCCAAAAGACGAUUUCUACAAAUCGUAGAUAUACCACACAAUGAAGAAUCAAAGGUAGAAAUCAGUUACGAUAUCGAAUGGUUGACAAUAUUAUACAAAACAAAUCAUUUAUUAUCGACAAGAAACAGUUUCACCUACAUGCCAGGUCCCGGUAGUGGAGAGAGAUACGACUUCACUCCAAAUGAAGAAGAGAAAAACAACAUCACUAAAAGAUUCAACAGUAAUCUGGUUGUUCCGAAAAUUUACUACCAAACCGCUUCUCCUUACAACUCCGAUACUCCAUCGAAGAAAACUCAACCAGCACAGCCCGUUGUAAAUCCCCAAACUACUACACUGUGCGAAAUACUUUCCAUAGACGAUCCGCUAGCCGAGGCGUGCAAAAGUAACGGAGCUGAGUUAAAUGUUACUGUAGAUCUGAAUUCUUCGAUCAGCUUCCUAGACGAUACUGUGGAUAUCGAAGGCUCUCUCAACUCGCCUCAAAGUGUCUCUCUAAGGAAACUGAGCAGCAUUCACCUGCCGGAUCCGAAACUCGACGAAAGCGACAUCCAGCCAAUACUCGAAGAUGAAGAUACUAACAGGAGCAUUUCGGUUUCUGAAAAAAUCGAUUGCGAAGAAGACAAACUAGCUGAAGAAGCAAUUAAUCCUGCUGAAGAGAUGGUUAAUCAAGCUGAAGAAACAGCUAAUCUAAAUUCACCUACUCCAAAAAAAUUCAAACGCAGGAACAAAGAACUCUAUGCGGGAGAAAACGAUCAAGAAUCAGCCUUUGGAGAUUCAUUAUUGCUAGAUCUAAAUCUUCCGGGCUGUAGCAGUUGA